GCAAGAAAAGUGUGUUUUUUUAUUGGAGUUCUGCGCUUCUCCUGUAGCAGCAGCAGCAGCAGGGGGAGGAGGAGGAGGAGGAGGAGGAGGCGGGGGCUUUUUGUUCCAGAGGCUUCUGGACUGAUUUGAUCUGAUCGCUGCUCGUGGCGGCGGCGCUAGCUAGGGUUCUAGGGAGGGGAGCGGAGUGAGAGAGAGAGAGAGAGAGAGGGAGAGAGAGGUGAGUGAGGCGGCGUGGAUCUGAGGAGGAGCCGCGACCGGCUCAUCGGUUUGGUUCGUCGUCCUGGUUUCCUUAAAUCUGAUUGAUCUAGAAAAUAUUGUGAAAAAGAGUGGUACACAACACUCCCUAAAACUGGCUUGAAGGUUGCAAAUAGCUAACAUCAUGGGUGCUCUUUGCGAUUUCUGCGGGGAGCAGAGGUCCAUGGUUUAUUGUCGAUCAGAUGCAGCAUCCUUGUGCUUAUCAUGCGACCGUAAUGUUCAUUCAGCUAAUGCUCUUUCUCGGCGCCAUACAAGGACACUUCUGUGUGAUAGAUGCGCUUCACAGCCUGCCAUGGUCCGCUGCCUUGUAGAGAAUGCCUCGCUUUGCCAAAAUUGUGAUUGGAAUGGGCAUAGUGCUGGGUCUUCAGCUGCUGGUCAUAAGAGGCAGACUAUAAACUGCUACUCAGGGUGCCCAUCAUCUUCAGAACUUUCAAAGAUCUGGUCAUUUGUUUCAGAUAUUCCUAAUGUAGCUUCUGAGCCGAAUUGUGAGCAAGGAAUAAGCAUGAUGAGCAUCACUGACAGUGGCAUCAGUAAUCAAGACAAUGCUGCAGGGGACAGCAGUUUGUUAGAUAUUGCUAGUGCAACCCGUAUGAGUGAUCUUGACACUGCUGACAAGCUGAAGUCUAUGAUAGGCUCCUCAUCUGAAGCUGGUGUGAACCUUCUUCCACAUGCUACUGAUCAGACGGCUGGAUCUGUGGAUUCGACAACAGCUAAGGUACCCUAUACAGCAGAAAAAGAUAUGUUCAGCAAAGAUAGUAUAUAUGGAGAUUUCUGUGUAGAUGAUGUUGAUCUGAGUUUCGAAAAUUAUGAGGAACUAUUUGGCACGUCUCAUAUUCAAACAGAGCAACUCUUUGAUGAUGCUGGGAUCGACAGCUAUUUUGAAUCGAAGGAAAUGCCUGCUGGAAACUGUGAUGAGCAGCCUACGUUGAUGCAUCCACUGACCAACAAUGCAGUAUCUGCAGACUCUGGGAUGUCGAUCCCAGGAGCCAAAGGUGAUUCCAGUCUUUGUAUACCUGUGAGGCAGGUUAGGUCCAGUAUCUCUCUUUCAUUUUCUGGUUUGACUGGUGAGAGCAGUGCUGGAGAUUACCAAGAUUGUGGGGUAUCAUCAGUGCUUCUUAUGGGUGAGCCUCCUUGGCAUCCUCCUGGCCCUGAGGGGCCACUUGCUGGAGCUACCAGAGACGAUGCUAUCACACGGUACAAGGAGAAGAAGAAGAGAAGAAAAUUUGACAAGAAAAUCAGGUAUGCAUCUCGCAAGGCUAGGGCAGACGUGAGAAAAAGAGUCAAGGGGCGGUUUGUUAAGGCUGGUGAAGCAUAUGACUACGAUCCACUCUGUGAAACAAGGAGCUACUGAAACUCCAAAAAAACAUUAUCCGAGUGUUAGAUUAGCAAGCAUCAAUCAAUGCUUAUUGUGGCUGGCAGAAAAGCACUGAUACUACAAUCAACUGUGGCAGGUCUGCCUCUAAAAAGAACAAAAAAAAAAAGAGCAAUCAGCCGGACAAAAAGGACAAAAAGAUUUGAAUGUUUCCGAAAAUUUUUGGAUGCCAUCCCUCCUUUUUCUUCUGUACAGUGGAGGGAAUUUGCAUCUUCUGUUGCUUUCGGAGGAGCGAUUCGAGUCACUCCACCUUUUGUGAAUUAAUCUCGAUACAGCUGAACAAAACUUCACUUGCAUUUUGAUCUCCUUUCUACUGACUAGGGCAUCCACCUACCCUUGCUGUGGUGUUUUUGGUGGUAUGCUUCCAGAUUGGACUAUUAACAGGACAAGGAUGGAUGUAGUUGUGAAAUCUUCUGCUGUUCUAUUUAUUAUGUAAAAUCUGCUGUAAUCCGGAGUUUAUUCUGCAACUAUGCAUGUGUAAAUACCAGAUCAGAAUAAACUGGUAGAUGUAAAGUAUUUUUU